GUACCGUGCGAGUGGUCCGAGAGUCAGCCGACGAGAUGCCGCAGAGGUUUCUGGGUAUGCGGUAGGAGCCAUAUUUUUCCAAUAUCAGUUACGCGAAAACAGCGUAGCGUACGGCACAACAUCUGGCAGGCACGGCAUUUCGAUCGGCUGUGUCGCGCGGUGUCCGUGUCGGCCGGCAGAGAGUGAUCGCGCGCGUUGAUUGUAGGACGGCAUACGUAAUUCGACGCACGAGUUGCCGUAGCGUCGCGCGCGACCGCCGAUUGUCACGAAAUAUACAAUCGAGCGACGUAUGAACGCGUGAGCAAGUCGAAGUUCCGCAAGAAACGGAGUAACGCGCAGGUGUUCGGCUUGGCAAGAGGGUUAGUUAACUCGAGUUCGUAACCGCGCUAGUUAGUGGUGGUGGUGGUAGUAAGUAGUAGUGGUGGUACGAGGCAGUGGUAUGGUGGUGGUGGUAAAAGAGUAGUGGUGGUGGUCGUGAUGCUGCUGCUGCUGCUGUGACGAUGACACAGCGUCAUAACACGACGUUCGUCCGUCCGUGCGCGAUUUAACCCGGAUUGUCACGCCAGCGGCGUAAAGUGUUUUUUGUACGACGAGCGCGUUCGCGCCAUAUUACCGAUCGAGCCUCGACGCCAGACGACUCGAGCCGAGCCGAAGUCCGGCGCGAACGUAGUCGUCAGUGUCGAGGGAGAUGGCUCGUCGUCCGGCUGCGGUGUCGUGAGGCUCGCGAAAAUCGCGUUGUGUGACGUUUCGUUUUUCUCUUUUAGUGCUCCCCGCAUGAUGACAUAAUCGAGUGUGCGUAUUUGGUGCUUCGGAGUGUAUUGCGACUCAAUCGGAACGGAGUGUGGCCGUGAAGUAAAACGCGAGGCGGACCGUGACAUUGACACGACCUACCAGGCGUGUUGACUCUCGUAAGGUGAGAUAUUUUUUUGUGUAAGCGAGCGUGUAGCCGCGCGUACAGUGCGUUUUUAUACGAGCGCGGUCGUCGCGUCGUUUUGUCCGUCGUUCCGAUUUGUAAAUCUUUCGCUUCGGUUCAAUCGCGACGCGAUUCACGUCGUUGCCCGCGCAGAGUAACGUUGGCGCGUGUUUGCGGCAUCGGGAAUCUUCGCUCGUCGAUUUCGCAUUGCGACCGAGCCGCGAACGGGUGGCGCGGACUCGUCACCUUGAAUCGCUCGAGCGAGACCUUGCGCGUAUGCUCUCUCGCUGGGAGACGUAAUUCCCCCCCGAUAAACAAGCUGGCUCUCGCCUACGCGCGUCGGCUUCGCCGGCUAUGAGAGUUUCAAGUGAACUUAGUAGCAGUCACCGCGACCUUGCUCGAUGCCGCCUCGCGUACACCGAUCACACCGCGCUGGAACGCAGUGAAUAUGCUACGUAACGAUUCGCGACGUGUGCAACGUUCGUUUGCGUGGCAAAAACAGUCGGCGUGGAACGCCGAACCGUGAAACUGAGACUUCCGAGAGGAAGAGCCGGCGAUAAGGUGAAUCGUGCGUGCAGUUAAAAAACGUCAACCGGCCGGCCUCGAUGGCGGCAUCUCGAGUUUCAAUCACGUUCGCAUACGUCGACGUAUCACGAGCUGCGACAUUUUGAUAAAUGUGCAUCCAUUUUCGCAAGAAGAAAGGCAAGUGAAGUAAGCGAGCAAGAGCGAGAACGGGAAGAAGGAAAGCAAGGAGCGACCGAUUCGCCGCCGGUCUCGCGGGAGAAACACAUCGGAGGCGCGUUCCGCGCCAUGCCCGGCGAUCUCCGCCGCGUCAAGGAGGUUAGACGGCCAUUGACCGGCGAGCAGCAGCAGCAGCAGCAGCGGCAGCGUGUACUACGCGCGCCAAACACGCGCCGGCUUUGAGUACGCACGGCGACCGCGACGAGGAGAACGAUUUCCGUUUCUCGCCGCGUAAAUAUUGGCUUCCGAGGAUCCGUUCGUGUUCGAGCCGCACAGUUUACAUCGCGAUACACAUCGUCCCGCGCGAUUAAUGUAUUAUGUCGUGCUACGAGUGCCACGCGAGGAAACGCAACGGGAACAACGGCGAGCGCGCGACGAUCCGAAGAUCAGGAAGAUUAUCAUCGAGCUCAUGAGGAUCGUGCACCGGCUCGCGGAGGAUGCGGCAGUACUCGCCGCCGGUGUCCCCACGUAGGCGAGCUACGUGCUACGUCGUGCCAGUGAUGUUGUCGUGGAUGUCGAGGUCAUCCGCAGCGCUGCUGGACCUGGACCAUGGCCGGCAAGCCUGAGCAGCCGUCCACGCUUCCUGUUCCCCCGAGUCACGGCCAUCAGCAUCAUCAACAUCAUCAACAGCAUCCGCAACAGGCGCAUCAUCCGCAACAGCAGCAGCAGCAGCAGGCUAUACAGCAGAACAGCGUUCUGGUGUACGUGUCGGGGGAGAACUUCGCGUACGCCACGGCGGUGGGUCAGAAUGUCGCCGCGACCGCUGCUGCCGCUAUCGCGGUCGGUUAUCAGUCGCAGCCGCAGCAACAGCAACAGCAGCAGCAGACAACGCAGUACGGGAUCCUGCAAGCACCGCAGGUGGCGACGGCGCAGGCGGCGACCUUUCCCGCCAAAACCGCCGUAUACUGUUCCGACGGCAACGGGAUCAACAUAGGUAACACCACCACUUCCACGAUCGGCUGUUGUCGCGUGAAGCACGAGACGACAGCGACGGCGAACAUCAGUGCGGAUGGCAGUGAGUCCAGGCAAGUUCCUUCUCUGGCAGGCAACGAGGACGAGGAGGACUACGCGAUGCUGUAUCGACAGGCCAACCUGGGGCAAUCGACGACGGCGUGUACUACGGCGGCGACGACGACGACGAUGAUGACGCGUGUCGCGCCAUCGCGCGACAACAAUAAACGAGCGGAGAACGGCGACGCGAUGGAUGGCCUCGGCAACGAUUCGAUGGUAUCCGGCGCGAAAACGUAUCAAACGCGACUUCAGCAUAACGAUGCGUAUUCCGCGAGGAUAAACAGUGAGUACAACGCCGCGAGCAACAGAAUCGUCGCGCAUCCAAAUCCCGGUGACGUCGGCCUUCUCGGCGACGACGGUUGUGUCACAUACGGCACAUCCACGUCCGCUGGCGGUAAUAAUUUGCUUCAAAAUGUCGCCGGCGAGCAACAGGCCGUGACGAACAUGGAUGAUAAAAGCCGGCAGCAGGACAGUUUCGAUAAUCAGCAGGGCGUCUCUUCGGCGCCAACGUCGGGCGCGACAAUCGUCGGUGUUAGUGAUAGUGCUGGUGUUACCGGCGGCGGCUGCGACUCAGUGAGGUCCGAGGAAUCGUCCACGACGACCUACAGCAGCCUCAGCAGUCCUGACGAGGGUCACCAGCAGCCGAAUCAGCACGACGGUAGUUUGUCGGCGAAUAAUCAUCCUGGCGGCGGUAGUGCGUGCGCGCAGCAGGCUGCGCGACAGCAGCCAUCGUCGCGUGUCAACGGUAAUAACAAUAACGGUGGUAACGGUGUGCAGCAUAACGCGGUAGUGUUGACAAUGAACGGCAGUGCAGUGAUUACGCAGCAGCAGCAACAACAACAACAAUCGGUGAUCACCGUACCACGUGGAUGGAAGAGGAUCUGCACCAACGGGGUCAUCAUUUAUAUCAGUCCAAGCAGUACGGCGCUGGGUUCGCUGGAACAACUGAAAGAGUAUCUGACGACAGUGGGAACCUGCAAAUGUGGCCUCGAGUGCCCGCUCAGACCCGAACAGGUCUUCAACUUCGACCCCAAGGUUGCGACACGACCUUGGAGCCCGGAUCAGGGCAAGACGCAGGAGAUGACCAAGCUCUGCAACCAUAAGAGGAAACUUCUGCUGCCGGCCGCGAUCGCCAGUCCUGUUGCGUCCUGUACACCGGCGGUCUCAUCGUCGACUUUAUCUUCUGGCUCGACAACGGCCUCAAUUCACGCGAACGCCGACUCGCCUACGUCGUCCGAUAAAGCCAGAAAAGAUGGUCUCAGCAAGAAGAAGAAGAGGAAACUAGGAGGCAUAGGCGGUAUUUAUUCCGGCGUCUCGGUUUCGCAACUUCUGGCACAACGAGAGAGGGCUAUUGCUGCGGUCGCGGCAUCUGGAGUUCAAGGUUCACCGGUGCCUAAUGGAUCGCAGGUAUGGCCAAUUGCGAUCCCGAAUUUGCAAGUCCAGCAAAACGGCCAACAGAUCUGUCAUCAGUCUUUAAAUUCACCUUCCCAGAAUGAUGUGAACAGUUGUGCGAGAAAUCCUCAGCAAAGGCUAAAUCAACACAACAUGUCGGGCAUGCUGAUGGGCAACCCGCUGAUAAUGAAUCAGCAGGGUACCAAUUUCAAUAAUAUGAGUCAGCAGCAGCAGCAGCUUUUGCAACAGCAACAUCAACAAUUGAUCUUACAGCAACAGCAGCAGCAACAGCAGCAGCAGCAGCUUAUCCAACAGCAAAUAUCGCAGCAGCAGCAGAAUUCACAGCAGUUGGUGCCGCAUCAGCAACAAUUGCAACAUAUGCAGAUCCUACAGCAGCAGCAAGAACAACAACAGCAUCAGAACACCGUAAAUCAAUUAGUACAGCAGCAAGCUCCUCAUUACAUCAAUCAGCUGAAUCAACAGUCGUUGCACGUGAUGCAACAGCAACAGCAGCAGCAUCUGAAUCAGCAGCAGCAGCAACAGCAGCAGCUGCAUUUGCAACAAAUUCAAAAACAUAACAUGCAACAGCAACAGCACUUGCCUCAGGAAGUGGAGCAGCAGCAGUCGACGAAUUACAAUUCUCAGCACCCGACUGAAAAUUACGUGCAUCAUAUGCAAUCGUCGCAAGUGCCGAAUCAAACCGGCCUUCAUCCGCAAUUGCAUCAACUUCAUCAACAUCAAAUGCAAUCUCAGCAGUCACAACAGAAUCAACACGCUAUGCAAUCUCAAUCGACGGAUCACUUCCAGAUGCAGAUUCAACAGCAGCUUCAACAGCAGCAGCAACAGCAGCAGCAGCAACAACAGCAACAGCAACAAUUAUCUCAAGUUUGCAUUCAGCAGCAAUAUUCAAAUCAACAGCUAAAUCAUCAUUCUGUGGACGUCAUGCAGCAGCAAACCGGUUCCACUGUCAUGACCAAUAUGAACGCUACUGAUAUUCAAAACAGACUCAACCGAACACCAUCGGUUACCGAAGAAGAUCUAAACGUGAAACAAUUACAGCAACAGCAACAGCAGCAGCAACUAUUGUUACAUAAUAAUUCGAUUCAGCGGCAUCACGUGGUUCAAAACGGCGGCUUGUCGAAUAGCCCGCACGAGAACGUUCAGCGGAUGUACGCGCAGAAUCAAGUACAAUAUCCGGUAAGAAAUUUCGACCCUUCGAAAGGAACGAACGCGGACGCUAAAAUGGGACCUCAACAGCAGUUUGUUCUGUCGAAUCACACGGGAAGAAGCCCGAACGCCAGCCACGCUGUCGAAGCGCAGCAAUCUGGUAUGGGACCAAACGGGCAGCCCGGCAGUAUGCAUUUCAACAACAGAACGCCACCGUGGCAGCAGAAUCGCGCCGCGGUCGUGUCCCAUCAACCGUCCGUUGUCACGGUGCAGAAUAUCACCUGCAACUCGUUCGACCGUGUGCCGCCGCUUCAUCAUCACAUUCCACAGGCCUCUACUUGGACGGACGAGGCCGCGCGGAAAAAGGCGAAGUCGAGUAAAAUAAUAGUGAAAAAGCAGCGGCAGCACGGCGUUGCAGAAUCGUCGAGAACGAACAACGGAUUAGAGCACUCGGCAGCGAGUCCGGUGGACGAAUUCAACGAGAAGAAUCAGCAGAAUAAUGGUCAGAUAGGUUCGACGUUCAACAGCAGCGGCCCUUCGUUCCUAGAGGAUCCCAGUGGGUACCUCGCCCAGCAGACGGCGCUGCUGAACAGCACGAUAUCGAGGCAGACCGGUGUCAGUAGUUCUCAAGUGAGCAUGCUGAAUAACAAUUCGAAAGCCUCGCCUCAGACCAGUCAUGGCACACACGUGCCCAACAAUACCUAUCUUCCUCAACCAAAGCCUUCCUCUAUUGCCAGUCCCACGAAUACCUCGUCCUUCGCUUCCGUAAAGAAUCACGCGACCUCGCCGGUCGUCGUACAUAGCAGUAUGACGCCGACGUCGAGCAACAGCGGCACGGAUUCCGAGAGCAGCCCGUGUCAGGGCUGCGUCACCAGCGCCGAUACUCAAUCUUACAUCCAGGAUCAGUAUAAACAGCAGAUGCAGCGGCAGUACCUGAUGCACACGGAUCAGCGCGAGGAUCCUGUUACGUCAUCGACGUUCGGCGAGCGAUAUCAAACGAACAACCAACAGCAAGUUGACUCUAGACCAAUACAAGGCGGCACUGUGAGCACGAGUCAUGGAUCUCCUAUUGGCACCAACAGUCCGGCCAAUUCGGACACGCCGGCGGCUUCGACACCUGGAAUCUCGCAACCGGCGACUCCGCAGAGCCUGAUUUCGUCGCAACCGGCGACGCCGCACAGCUACUCGCAACCACCGACGCCUCAUUCGCACGUGUCGGGCCAAAUGCCACCUCAAACGCUGACGCCACAAGCGCAGCAGCCGUCGCAAUCUUUGAUUGGCAGCGGUAUUCAAGAACAAAGGUCCGAAACUCCAAAUUCGGUUACAAUGAGUUCUAGCGGCAUUCCACCUAGUACUUCGCCAUCUCAAACAUCCUCCUCCGCGUCGGACAAUUUGACGUCUCAAGUGAAACGGCAAAUAACGACGAGGCAAAAUUCUCUGGAUGGAUAUCAACCUCAUCCUCAUACUGUCAAUGCUGUUUCCAGAAUACCUAUAAACACUUUCAGUGGAACAUCGUCCGUGAUAACAACUAUGGCGAGCGGUCAUACAGUGAGCAGUAAUACGAUCACGUCUGUCUUGGCCGGAAGGGCGAAUACCGCCACCGUUUCAAUAAACACACCGUCUGCGAUAUCUAAUCUUCUGCCGAACAAGCCACAGCAUCAAGCGCAAUCGAAUAUAUCGGGUACUUCAGUUUCCACUCAGUCUUCUGCCCCGCAUAGUCAAUCCGCGACGAUGAGCGUAUCCAAAUCUCCGCUCGAAAUGGUCCAGAGCGUUGUUAGUAGCAUACAAGUACCUCAAGCAAGUGCGAAUUCAUCGAUGCAGCCUCAAAAUCAACAGCAGCAGCAGCAGCAGCAGCAGCAGCAGCAGCAGCAGCAGCAGCAGCCACAACAACAGCAGCAACAGCAGCCGCAGCAACAACACCCGCAGGCCAAUGUUCAAGUUCACAACGUUCUCACUUCUGGUGGAAUACUAAAACAUCCUGCCGGAUCGACAUUACCGCCCGGUCAUAUAUUAGUAUCCAGUGGUGGUCAACUCAUAAUGGCAAGCACCGGAUCAACAAUCAACGGCGUCAUGGCGCCUCCACCGCCGAAAAUUAUCUCCAAUGCUAAUUCUAUGCCACCACUGUCAGUUUCGCCAAUGGUUACCAGCGUGACUGGUGCUGUCAGCCAAGUUAUUCCCGCGGUAGGUGUUGCCCAGCAAGUCAUAGGACAGCCCACAGUACUCGUGAACACUAUUCAAACACCGGUACUGAUUCAACCUGGCGUGAUGACAAUGGACGGUAUAAGCCAAAACGUACAGAUACCACAUCUGACUGUCGCCACCGGCAACGUAAUACAGAACACUCAGUCGAUUCUCGACGCGAAUCAGGAUGUGUCUAGAGCUGUCACCGCCAAUCAAAGCAUGACUGUGAAUCGACAGCCAGCGCUGCUAUCGCCGGAAUCGGCGAUAACCAAGAAGAAAGCGUACAAGAAGCGGAAAACGAAUCCACAGACCGUGGCGUCGAUGCUGCACAUUGCUUCGUCCCAGCAAAAUGCCGGUAUGCUGAUGCAGUCGCAGUCGAACUUUGCCCAGCAAAACUUUCAGACUCAGAGCAUAGGUGGACCUAUGCUCCAAGCGCUGACUAUUGUGCCUGGCAAAGCUGGCGCGCCGGCACAGCUCGUGAUGAACGGUCAAACCGGCGCUGCAUCUCAAUUCAAUACGCAGCAGAUAAUCACGAAUCCUCAACCAGCGCAGCAGAUUAAUCUUCUUCAACCGGUUAACUUGUUAAACGGCACGACCGGGAUGGUUCAGAAUUUCCCCACCAUCCAGCAAUUUAUCGUUCCUGGCUUAGGCAGCAUGGUUAUGUCUGCCGACGGCACGGCUACAUUAUUACAAGAUACGGGUAACAUCGGGAUGCAGCUACAGAUACAGAACGUCAAUGGUCAGAACGUGCUUACGCCAGUUCAAAGCCACGGCGGCAUAUUUAAUCCGAGUCAAAGCAUAUUGGCCGCCGGACCAGCUGGAAUGGUUAUACGGGCGCCACAAGCGACCAGUGGAAAGAUAAUACAACAGCACAGUCCUGGAGCGCAAUUUCUAUCGCCAAAUAGCGGUCAGUUCCUGGUGAACGGAACGACGUCCUUCGGAAAUCAACUAAGCCCGAUAGUCGCAAACGUCAGUCCGAAUCAGCAAGUAACGUUCAACACCUCGCAAGUGAGACCACCGAAUAUGCAAGGUCAGCAGGAAUUUAUACAGAUGAACGGGCAGACGCUCAUGGUACCUUGUGCGACCGCGCAGAACAUCGCCGUCUCUUCAGCGUCGAAUCAACAGAACACAACGUUCGUCCAGCAAAACACGACGAUCGUGCAGCAGCAAACGACUAUGGUUUCAAACAAUCAGAUACCGAAUUUUCAAAGUGCAGCUUCUAACGGCGGACAAACUGUCGAUCCUUCUUUAAAUCUCGAUCACAAUCAGUCGUACAUUUUGAGUUCCGGCAUGAUUCAAGGAAAAACAGCAUCCUCUUCGCCUAAAAGCGGCGUGAAUUCGCCGUCGUCCGAUCAAAACGUCGAGCAACAGCAGUAUGUAUUAGCCAGUAGUAGCACAACCGUCGUGGAGAAAACGGCUCAACAGAACGAACAGCACAGUCCACUUAUGGCGAGGCACUCCGUGUCGACGCAAACUGCCGGAAAUCAAACGAAUGUGGCGCAAUCGGCAAUGAUGAGACAGGGAUCACCUCCUGACACGACUACUCACAGUCCAGGAAACAGUCAAAGGUCUAACAGUCCUGCCGUGGAUACCACUACACACGGCGCAGCUUCGCCAGCGCCUCCGAUCACCGCUAGACAUCACUCGUCGUCCACGCCUAUGGUUCAUUGCGUGUCAAGCAGCGAACCAGACUCAGGUGACGCGCAAAUGGCGUCGGAGGAUUGGAGAAUGCAGGGUAUCACCACCAAGGAGAUCACUUUGAAUCAACCGAGCCUGCAUGGAAAGACCUACGUGGAGUCAACGGUGACCACUGGGAUCCAGGUUGGUACCCACGUAGAGCAGGUCAACCGUCAUCUAACUGUAAUAGACAUGCACCAGCCGGCCGAUACGACACACCCAGAAAACACAUACGCUGACUCACAGGAGUAUAUGGACACAUCAUCACCAAAUCAUUCCAUUAAUUCAGACACAAUGGACCACUCUACCGUGGAAGACCAACUAAACAUCUAUACGUCAGAGACGUUGAAGCAAGCCGAAGGUGUGGUGAGCACGGUGAGGUGCGAGGGCAGGGAACAUGCCCUCGGCCGCGGAAUCAAGCGAAAGCUGGACUCCAUCCAUUCCAUGCAUUCUACUCUGCAUGAAGACCAAGAUGUAGCCGAGACAAAGGACAUAGACGACGGGAACCAAUGGAAACUGAUGGUCGGUGACCUAGUGUGGGGCGCAGCAAGAGGAAGCCCGGCCUGGCCGGGGAAAGUCGAGUCACUGGGCCCCCCGGGUACUAUGACAGUUUGGGUCCGGUGGUACGGGGGCGGGGGCGGUCGCACCCAAGUCGAUGUCAAGGCCCUCAAAUCCCUGUCCGAAGGUCUCGAGGCGCACCAUCGCGCCCGUAAAAAGUUUAGGAAAAGUCGUAAAUUGAAUAUGCAAUUGGAAAACGCGAUACAAGAGGCGAUGGCGGAGCUGGACAAGAUAACGGAGGCCAGCAGAAGUGACCAGAAAGAUAUGAAAAAAUCGUCCAAAGUGACAUCGCUGUCGGCAACCAGUUCGAAGGGCGUCAACGGCGCCGGCAAGUCGGAGACCAAGAGGUCGUCGAAAAGAACCGCGGCCACCGUGGACCAUGCCAAAGCCGAACAGAAACAAUGCCGGUGAUCCGCGUCAAUCACGAUCGUUCAGCGUGUCGGUAUCUGCGAAUAUUCGCAGACGACGACCCAUCUGUCGUAAAUCGCGAAGUAUCGAUUGUGGUCUUCGCGUAGAAAUGUAAUUAGCCCCACAGCGUUCAGUUUAAUAAAUUAUUGGUAAAUUUACGAAUCACACGUCCCAUAAAUUAUGGAUAAAUUUCCGUUCAGUAACUAUUAAUUACUUAGCAAAUGACAUGCAAUCGCGACGUAAAUAAUGAUUGUGAUGCAGGUAUAAUUUAAUGCCACUGUGAAAUGGAUUUCAUUAUCUAUUAUUGUUCUAGCAUGACAGAUUUAUUGCUGCAGAAAUAACGCUACGAUGCGUUAUAAAUGACAUAAAAAUGUUGCUUAUGGAUCACUUCGAGCGUAACCGAACCUCGGUGAUCGCUGUGAUUUGUUGUAUUCGAACCAGUCGAGAUUCUCUUAAAUCAUUACGAGUUUUAACUUUGAGCAAAACAUUAUACAAUUCUCUCUCUAAACGUUAAAAGUUAAAACUUUCUUAUGAAACUUCAUCCAAUACGCUUUGAGACGCUCGUAGUAUCGCAUAAUGAUGCGAAAGGCGUCCCUGAUAACAUAAUCAAAAAGCUUGUCUAUGAUUUGUCAAGUCAAAGAAUCAUUUUCGAUUUCUUGAAUGCGGAAACGAGAGAACGCGACGCUAAGUAUACAACAACCGUGUCACAACAAGCGUUUUCUUUUCUUGCAAAUUUACAGACGAAGCCUAACAAUAAGUAACAUCUGCUGCAACAUCUUUGUAUGUCCUGUUUGCGAUAAACGGCGUCUGUUUGAUGAGGAAACGGUCAAGCAUGUAAAAUUGCAUUUGCGUAAUUAAUAGCGGAAUACGAGAGAUACUACGGCCGAUUUACUAAAUAGGCCUACAGCAUGCAUUCUUAGAUUAUUUACCCUAAUACGUGUGUAUGUAAUCGCAUACAGAAAGUAAGACGAUGGGAGCGAUAGUUUUCCACAGAUUUUUAACUGAUAGAGGAAGACUCGGAUCACGUUUAUCAUAGGCGUAUGGCUCGCCAUGCGAUUAUUUUAACUCGGCGAACGUUCGCCUACAGAUUCCGUUAACGAGGUAACGUAAAAGUUGGUGUUGCGCAAACACAAACUUUCCCUAUAGUGAUGUAUAUUAAACGAUCUCUCGGUUACUGCGCGUGGUUUUUACAAUUUACACGUGCGGUUUGGAGGCGUGAAUGUUUUCUGAAAAAUAUGUAUUCGCCCACGUAUUCGGGCGAUCGUAAGCAGACGUGAAUAGUUUAAAAAAAAAUAUUUUUGCGAACGAACCUUCAUUACACUACCCGUAGAGUAACGCAUUUUUUUAGAGAGCUAUACACAGAGUGUAAAUCAUUCGUUUACCGUGACACAAUGUUACGCUACAGGCUCGUUGAACCGUUUCAAAUCUACGCAAAGCGUUCGCAGGACGCUUUUAAUCUGCGUGAUGUAAUUUUUUUUUUCUUCCCCCGAACGAUGUUCCUCGAACGAUGUAAACCCGGAACACGCUGCGACUGAAUAAUUCACGAGUCGAUUUUGUAUACAGUAGCGAAGCAAACGAAAACAGCUGCAGAGUAUCCGGAAUUUUUAAAAUGUACACGCAAGCAAUUGAUUUUUAAUGUCGUUUUAAAUUAAUUCAAAUAUUUCAAAACAUGUAACAAAUUCUAAAGUUCUAGAUCACUUAAAAAAUCGCAUAGCGUUAAUGAUGAAUUAUAGAUCGAAAUUACACUUUAACGUAAGAGAUUAAAUAUGUCAUCAAUAUGGAGUUUCUUCGAAAGGAUGAUUUAUUUAUUGUUUAGUUAAAAAAUUGUCUAAUUAUAUUUUUUAUUGCACAAUGUGCAACGAGUUGACAAAUAUAUAUUUUUUAAGCGUAUCUCCAUUAUGUAUGUUGAGAUUCAAUUUUAAUUUGAAUAUUAUAAUUCUAUCAUGAAUAAGAAAUUUGAAAAGCUGCGGUAAAAAUCUUGAAUUCACAUUUGCAUUAUCGAGAUAAUUUUGGCGCGUUCGAAUAUAUGAUAGACAAUAAAAAAAA